AGCACAAUGUCUUUGUGAGAUUUCGUAAACAGUAGUCGAGAUCAUUUGUGGAACGCAAAUUAACAAUUCCUCGUUAGUUUUAACCACAAAUUGUGAUUAUUUUAAAAUCGUGUAUAACUAUGCCCGGAAUGAGUAUCAGUUCGGUGACCAAGAGGGGCGCAUUAAUUGUUUUAGAGGGUUGCGACAAGGCGGGCAAGUCCACCCACUCCAAGCUGCUCAUUGACGCCCUUAAUGCGGCCGGAAAGGUGGCACACCUCAUUAAUUUUCCAGAUCGAACUACCGAGAUCGGGAAGAUGCUAGAUGCUUAUCUGAGAUGUCAAAAGGAAGUUAAGGAUGAGUCAAUUCAUCUCCUUUUCUCUGCAAAUAGAUGGGAACUUUUACCAAAGAUACAGAGACUUCUUCUUGCUGGUGAAUCAGUAGUUCUUGAUCGAUAUGCUUUCUCUGGGGUAGCUUUCUCAGUGGCGAAGGGUACACUUGAUCUGAAUUGGUGCAUGAGUCCAGACGUGGGCCUUCUGCAACCGGACCAAGUCAUAUUUCUCAAUUUAUCAGAAACAGAGGCUGCCGCUCGUGGCGACUUUGGGAGGGAGAGAUAUGAACAGACCGAUUUUCAGAAGAAGGUCAAACAAGUAUUUUUUGAAUUGAAAGACAAGGAUGACUCUUACUGGACGGUUGUGGAAACAAAUCGAAAUAAAGAAGAUGUUCAUCAGGAAAUUUUACAGCUUGCGAUGAGCACCAUUAAAAUUAGCGAAAAUAAGCCAAUACUUCCAUUGUGGGGGAACAUUUUUAACAGUUCUUCUACAAAAGGGUCGAGUCAAAAUAAGGGCGAAACCAAAAAGAUUCCCGCAGUGCACACAACAGUUUAAUUUUUGGUAUAGUAUACAUGUACAUGUAUAUUAUUGUGUAUGUAUACGUAAGUAUAUGCUAUAUAAGAUAUUCAAUCUGUAAUGUAUAAAUGUAUCAAUAAGCUAAUUGAUUUGUACCUACUAAAUAAUUAAAUAAUGUAACUUGUCAA